GGGAGGGCGGUUAACAACCAUCAAGUUAAGCUGUGAUAAAGAAACAAACACGCUUUUCUUUCUUCUUUGCCUGCAUACUGGGGCGAACUCUGGCAACCUAGCUACAGUUUUAAUCCCGUUUCUGAUAUUUUUGAGUAAGAAUGCAUGGGAACAGAGGAACUCGCCCUGAACAACACAACCAAGGUCCUCCCAGACAUCAGGAUGCCCUAGACCACCAGAACAAAGCAACAGAUGCUAAGAGCAAUGGACAGCAUUCAGAAACCGGUGAACCACAAAAUUCAAACACAUCCCUGACCAUAGAUCUACAGAGUUUCAGAAAGCCAGGAGAGAAGGCUUAUACUCAGCGCAGCAGACUGUUUGUAGGUAAUCUACCGGCUGGGGUGACUGAGGAGGAGGUUGAGAAGCUGUUCUCCAAGUAUGGAAAGUCUUCAGAAAUUUUCAUUCACAAGGACAGGGGCUUUGGUUUCAUUAGGCUGGAGUCAAGAACCUUAGCGGAGAUUGCUAAAGCAGAGCUUGAUGACACGCCUUUCAGGGGCAGGCAACUCCGUGUCCGCUUUGCAACCCAUGGGGCAGCGCUCUCUGUAAAGAAUCUGCCUCAGUUUCUUUCAAACGAGCUGCUGGAAGAGGCUUUCUCCAUCUUCGGUCCGAUUGAGAGGGCCAUCGUCAUCGUGGACGACCGUGGAAGACCCACCGGGAAAGGGAUUGUGGAGUACGCCAACAAGCCAGCGGCUAGGAAGGCUCUCGAUAGAUGUGCCGACGGUGCUUUCUUGUUGACUGCCUUUCCCAGGCCUGUGACUGUGGAACCAAUGGAACAGUUUGAUGAGGAUGAGGGUCUACCUGAGAAGAUCGUUUCCAAAAACCAGCAGUAUCACAAAGAGCGGGAACAGCCGCCACGAUUCGCCCAUCCGGGGACGUUCGAGUACGAGUACGCCAUGCGCUGGAAGGCCCUGAUGGAGAUGGAGAAGCAGCAGUACGAACAGGUGGACCGGAACAUCAAAGAGGCCCAGGAGAAGCUGGAGGCAGAGAUGGAGGCGGCGAGGCACGAGCACCAGGUCAUGCUGAUGAGGCAGGACCUGCUGCGGCGUCAGGACGAGCUGAGGAGGAUGGAGGAGCUGCACAGCCAGGAGCUGCAGAAGCGCAAGCAGAUCGAGCUGCGGCAGGAGGAGGAGCGCCGCCGCCGGGAGGAGGGGAUGCGGAUGCACAACGAGGACAUGAGGAGGCAGCAGGAGGGCUUCAAGGGCCCCUUCCCUGAGAAUCGGGAGCAGGAGAUGAGGAUGCACAUGGCAGGUCAAGCGAUGGGAAUGAACAGAAACUCCAGCGGAGGGAAUCCUGCACCCGCAGGAGCUGGAAACAUACCAACCGAUCCUGUACCUUUAACGCCCGGAGCAGGAAACCCCAUUCCGGGCCAAGCAGGCUUUCCGAGAGGCCCCCCCGGGCCCGCUGAUUUUGGCCCUAACAAGCGCCGUAGAUUCUGAGGACUCAAAUAGAUUUUUCUUUUCUUUUUUUUCUUUUCUUUUUUUAAGAAAAACUUUCUUUGUACAAUAUUUUAAAUGCAAUUUUGGAUUUUCUGCUUUUAUGUGCCUUUGAAAUUGUAUGGAACUUAUUUGGGAUUUUAACUGGGUUGAAUUUUGAUGUAGGACUACAAAAGCCCAACCCCAUCCUCUGGGUUGGAGCAUAGUCCAUUGUUAAAAUGCCUGUGUUCAGCUCUUUUUUUUUUUUUUUUUUUUUUUUUUUGUUAAUCCAACUCUCCCAAACUUUGUACAUUUAUAUAGGCUUGUUACUUGCAUUUUCCUCAUGUCUGUUGGUUUCUGGAAAGUAGCUGCUUUUCGUUACAUUAAAUACAUUUUUAAAAUA